CGACUCAACUCUAGUGACCUUCAGUCUUUCAUCAAUGGCUGCCAGCAUUGUGAAAUCGGCAGUGCACAAGUUAUGCUGGCAAUGGCAAGCCCUGGUGUUGAUUGCCCUGCAUCACUGUUAUUGCCACAAUUCUAUAGCCAUUGCACAAGAAGUCCCAUGCUGCUUCAUAUUCGGGGACUCUUUGGUCGACAAUGGCAACAACAACAACAUUCUGUCACUAGCCAGAGCUGAUUACCCUCCUUACGGGAUCGACUUCCCGGGCGGACCCUCUGGCAGAUUCUCCAACGGCAAAACCACCGCCGACGUCAUCACUGAGCUACUGGGAUUCGACGACUACAUUCCUCCCUAUGUAGCUGCCGCGGGGGAGGACGUACUGAAGGGAGUGAACUAUGCGUCGGCGGCGGCGGGGAUCCGUGAUGAUACCGGCCGCCAUCUGGGAGAGCGAAUCAGCUUUAGCGGCCAAGUGAGGAACCACCAGGACACGGUGUCACGAAUAGUCGAGUUGAUGGGAACUGAAGAAACGGCAGCGAAGCACUUGAGCAAGUGCAUUUACUCGUUCGGAUUGGGGAGCAACGACUACCUCAACAAUUACUUCGUCCCGCUGGUUUACACCACCGCGCUGGAGUUCACUCCGGAGGAGUACGCCGACGACCUGAUUCGAACAUACACCGGUCACCUCCAGAUUAUGUACAAGUAUGGAGCGAGGAAGUUUGUGUUGAUUGGAGUCGGACCCGUUGGGUGUAGCCCGAGUGAGUUGACCUACCACAGUCUCGACGGCAGAACAUGUGUCCAGAGGAUCAACUCUGCUAACCAGAUCUUCAACGACAAGCUCCGGUCGCUCGUCGCUCGGCUCAAUCGGAACGUCUCCGAUGCCAAUUUCGUGUUCAUCAAUGCUUAUGGGAUUGUCCAGGACUUGAUUGACAACCCAGGAGGUCAUGGGUUCCAGGUGACCAACGAGGCGUGCUGUGGAGUGGGGAGGAACAAGGGUCAAAUUACAUGUCUACCAUUGCAAGCGCCGUGCGAGAACAGGGACCAGUACUUGUUCUGGGAUGCUUUUCACCCGACGGAGGCGGCGAAUAGAGCUGUGGGAAGGAGGUUUUACAAAGCUCAGUCUCCCUCUGACACUUACCCAUUCGAUAUUCACCGGCUGGCUCAGCUCUAAAGCCUACGGGUGGGUGGGGGAUUAGUUUCGAGUGAUGAAGUGAAAUAAUUGGAUUUAGUGAGUUAGUCAUAGGAGCGGAGUCCGCCAACGAACAAUUUUUUUCCAGAUCGUGAAAACAAGUUUAGAUAUUUUCUUCAAAGAGCACAAGCCGGCUGGCAUAAGUAUCAGUAAUGGGAAUGUGUAAAUUUGCAUGCAAACAAAGAUUACUUUGAUGG